AUGCUGGAGUGGUUCCGAUCAAGUGACGAGAGGAGAGGAAGAAGAAGAGGAGAGGAAGCUCGCAUGUUCUCGUUCGGGCGGGAGAGUUUUGGGGAAAAAAUCGAGCUAGGAUACUUAGACCCAGUUGUCUUUGGUGACCCAUCGUCGGUGAAAAAACUGGUCGGAAAUCGGUUAACUGUUUUUACAGAACAAGAAUCCAAUGAUAUUAAGGGCUCUUCCGACUUCAUUGGAAUGAAUCAUUAUAUAACAAUGUAUGUGAUGGAUAAUUCCACUGCAGUUCCUGCCCCACCAAUGGACGGUCCCACCCAAGAUGAGCCCGACAGCCCAGAAGUUCAAGAUACCUUUGCUAUUACCACAAGUGAGAAAGAUGGUGUUGUCAUUGGACCGAGCGAAGGAGGAGUAAGCUACUGGAGAUCUUAUCCAUUUGGAAUUAAGCUUCUAUUGGAUUAUAUCAAAGUUAAAUAUGAAAAUCCACCCGUUUCUAUUACUGAGAUAGGAGCAGACAUUCGAGGCUAUCUUUUGUGCUCUUACAUUGACAACUUCGAGUGGGACAGUGGUUAUUCGUUUCGCCUUGGCCUUUACCAUGUGAAUUACACUAAUAAUGAUCUGCAACGGUUCCCAAAAGCAUCUGCAACUUGGUUUAGAGAAGCAAUGAAUACAGAUUUGAUGAGUGUGGCCCGGAAAUCAGCGUAUUGA